CAACAAAACUUAACGAGGCAGCAUGUCUAGCAUAAGCAGCUUCCUGGGCUCAAAGUCCUUUUUGGAGUCCAGCACCCUCAGCUCGGACAUAUUUGGGACAGAUGCGAGCCUAAGGAUGAGUCUGGAAGUCAAACAGUACAUAAAGAAGAUUAGCAAUUGGUACAAAGGCUGGCAUAGAUGGCAAAGGAGGAUUGUGAUAUGUCGCAUGGUGGAGCAUUGUUCUACGCCUCAUCUCCAGAUCCUCUCUACUUCACUGGAGCCAGUCCUCCAUCUUGACUUUGCCAACUCUCUCAACCCGCUAAUGGCUGCACUACAUCAGGAGGGCUCUCAUUUAUUCAAGAUCCAGCGAGCAGCAGUCAUUAGGGACUCAGCUGACGUAAAGAAACAGCGGCCCAAGCCUCCAAUACAGGAAAAGACUAAAGAGAUGAUAAUGGGCAGCUCUCGUAAAAUGGCACUCUCUCGCUUGACUCCAAAGAAAGAGAAGCCAGCUCCGCCUCAUGUGAAAGCAGGAGAGGCCAUGUUCAAUAAAGAAAUGAACUCAACUGGUGCAAGAAAAGUUAAAGAAAAACAGCAGACCCAGGUCUUCUUUCCAGCCCUUCCUCUCUCGCACACGAAACACAAGCCCUCGCCUGCUUCGUCUGAUAAAGGGCAUCACUUUACUUCUCUUCCUCCGAUAGAGAGAAAGUUUAACUCGGUACCAAACAUUACUGUAGUUAAUUCGAGACAUGGAGGGAAAAUAAAACCAGCUAGACAUCAUCCACGGGCUAUCACUCUUCAGCACACCAAAGACUUGAGCUCACAGCAAGAGCACUGGAUAUAUCAGAAGAAGAGGCUGGAAGCAUUCAAACUCCAACUCAACAUGAUAUCUGAGUGGAUGACUGAGAGUGGCCAUCAAGAUAUCUCUUAUUUGCUGUUGGAGCUGAUCAAAUUGUGCGAUGAGGAGUUGCUUGGUUACUUGGUCCAAUGUGUUUAUCAGAAACUUCAAGCACACAUUGGUCUUAACAGCUUCCCUGAUCACAUCCUGCUCAAAAUAUUCUCUUUCCUAGAUGCUCCUAAUCUCUGCAAAUGUGCCCUGGUAUGUCAUAGAUGGUAUAAUCUUACCAGCAAGCAGGAGCUAUGGAGAGGUCAAGUUGCUGCACUAGGCUAUAGGGAGAAUAUUGGUAACCUGGUGAGAUCCAUUGAAGCUGUCAGAAACUAUAUUGAUGGCUCUACUCCGAGGCCACGCGUUGUGAUAGACUGGAAGAGAGCUUAUAGGGAUCUCCUGAAACUAAUGUCAAGAAUCAAAACAAUAGUUAUCAAUAAAACAAUGGCAGUACUUGAGCAAGAAAAGGAAAAGAAGGAAGAGAUGAUAUUAAGGAGUCUCACUCCAGCUCAGCUGAGGGCUACAAUGACGCUACGAGAAAUGCUUGAAAUCGCUCGCUUUGCUAGCGGAGUAAGUGGGAAGUCGUCCCGGGAAAUCUUGCUCUCUGCUCCAGAGAGCACCAUCACUCAGUGGAGGAGGGAAAAGAGGGAGAGACUAGAGAUGGAGGCAAAAUUGAGUUUUUCAGCCAUUGUGGCAGGAAAUAAGUCUAUAGAGAGCAGCGCAACAGAUAAAGAUAUUCGUGUAACGUGUACUACAACUACCUUAAGUGAUGAAUCCUAUUACUAUGAUACUUAUGAUCCUGGCAAGAUGUCGCCAGUAUUGACACAAAGAAACUCUAAGAAGAAGAUCCCACUCAAUGUCAUACCACUGGUUGAGUGUGCAACAGACAUAAGACCUACUGUCCCUUCCCUGCCUAAUCCUGACGGGAUUGAGAGCCUCAUACUAGCUGGUUAUCUCUCCCCAAAGGACAGGCCAAGGCCUGGACGAGUAAAAGGACUCUCCUUUGUGGAUAGAAUAGCUCCUCUGGGUACAUCAGUAUUGUGUGUCCAAUGUGAUGAGAGGAAGAUAGUUGCUGGCUGUGCUGAUAGGCUCAUUAGGAUCUAUGAUAUUAGGAGUGGUCGCUUUGUAGCUUUACUGGAAGGACAUACUGGUAGUGUCCAGUGUGUACAAUUUGAUGAGAAUAAGAUAGUCUCUGGCUCGUGGGACACAAACUGCAUUGUUUGGGAUGCUAUUCAUUUCGUGGCAUUAAAGACAUUAGGAGGUCAUACGGACUGUGUCUCGUGUCUUCAGUUUCAUGAAACUAUACUUGUGACUGGUUCUCAUGAUCAAACAUUGAAGAUUUGGGACACGCCUUCCUGGCUGUGUUUAAGGACAAUCUCAAAUGCCCACUCACAACCAAUUACUUGUUUAUUUUUCAAUGGACUCACAAUAAUUAGUGGAUCAGAAGACAGCAAUGUAAAUUUCUGGAAUGUCCAUACAGCUGAGAAUCUCGGUUCCCUAGAGCACUAUAAUGGAGUCACGUCUUUGAAACUCUCAAAGCUUCUCUUGGUGACUGCUUGCAUUGAUGGAAUGAUAUAUUUAUGGAACGUCACUACUCAUGGACUGCUCAUGCAGUGGAGUCUAGAGUCUGACAUCAUAAUUGUUGAUAUUUGCGUUGACAGAGGGAAAGUAUAUGCUGCUGCCAGUGAUGGAGUGAUUCAUGAAUGGGAUAUAGCUACAGGUGCUUGUGUCAGAAUGUUAAAAGGACACUGUAGACCAUUGACAGCAUUAUGGGUUGGAAAUUAUAAAAUUGUCAGUGCUGCUGAAGAUCAAAGCCUUUGUGUCUGGCAACCAGAGAAACCGCCUGUUCAAGGGGAAGAGGGAAUUGAGAAAUUCUAUUCAUUUGUUCCAGUAAAAACUGUCAUGUUGUAAGAGACGAUUCUUGUACAUUAUGACUAAUUAUUGUCAAUUCAUCAAUUUAAAUUAUUGCAAUUAAAUUAUAUAAUACUGUGAUCUUUGAUUAAUGAUUAAUUUAAA